CAAUUUCUUUGUUUACAACAAAAUGUAGAUUAAGUAGAACGAAGGUCACAUAAGAUUUUUGUAAUGUUAUUAGUCAUGUCAGAUCCAAUAAAUAUUGAUAACCAGCAUAUCAACUCCAGUCCUGGCUCGAAUUCGUCUUAUCCAGACGACGAAUUUCUACCUACCAGUUUAGCUUCCGAAGAACUAAAGUUGGCAUUAAAUAAAGAAGCCACAGAAGAAGAUUUAUUAAAGGCCAUAAGUAGAUGUAAAACGUUAAUUUUGGAAUGCGACCAGUGUUCAAACGAAAGAAAGUGGGUUGUUAGACAAUUAAUAGAAUUAAGGCUGCGAUUACAGGAGUGUAGAGACGCCAUGAAUGAUCCACUACAUCCAAGGAAUCAAACGAACAAAGUCUGUAAAAGGGUUAUUAAAGGCCACCAUUUGAAUUUGCAACCUCUACUUCGACACACCGUUUCGAAAUAUUGUGAUCAUUGUACCGGGACUAUAUGGAGUAUGGUACAAGCUUGGUACGAAUGCGAAGAUUGUGAAUAUUCUUGCCACCAUAAAUGUCUAGCUUCGGUGAUGCGAGACUGUGCACACGUAAUAGCAAGCGAAAAGGGUUCAUUCGAGUACGAAAUUUGCCCAGAACUGGGCCUUUCAUCUCAAAACUACUCGUGUGCAGAGUGCAAAAGUCCACUACCCAUAACUGCUCCAAAGGGGAUAAGUUGUAUCGGUAGAUUCAUUUUUCCAGACAAAGUGUGGCCGGAAGCACGUCGUUGCGACUACACUGGACAGUAUUACUGCGUGGCAUGUCAUUGGGGCAGUUCGGCCGUGAUACCUGCUCGGGUUAUCCACAAUUGGGACCUGGAACCGCAGCCGGUGUCCCAAGCAGCGCUGCAAUUGCUGAAAAUAACGUCCAAAAGACCUAUAAUUAACUUAGCCAUGUUAAAUCCAAAGUUGUUUUCUUUGGUGAGCAAAUUGGAGUUCGUCAGGAAAUUAAGAGAAGAGUUGAUCGGAAUGAAGAAAUACCUAAUGGUCUGCAGGAAAGCCAAUGAGGAACACUUCUUGUGGAAACACGUAGACACUCCUCAUCUGUUAGAUAAUACAGACAUGUACAGUCUACAAGACUUGGUCGACAUACAUUCCGGAGAUUUGCCGUUUAAGUUGCAAACUAUUUCGGAUAUAUUUUCCAAUCACAUAAAAGUGGAAUGUGAAAUUUGUCGCGGGAGAGGUCACAUUUGCGAAAUUUGUUCAAACGAUGAAAUUGUGUAUCCCUUCGACAAUACUUCGUAUACAUGCCCUAAAUGUUUCUGUGUACUUCACAGGUUUUGUUUGAGCAAGAGAAACAACGAAUGUCCCAAGUGCGUUAGAAUAAAGCAAAGAGAAGACGACGAAAAAUUCAAAAAUAUUGUUGAAUAAUUUUAACAGUAGUUUUUACCAUGACGAUGCCAAAUAUAUUUAAUAUACGUGUUAUAUUGAACGUGAUUUAAAAAAUAAUUUUAAUUUCCUGAUAAGCUAUUCAUUGAUUUUAUUAUGCAUUCUUCGCGUUUUUAUGCUUUUUUGUAGUUAUUUCUAAUCUAUUGGAUAAAAUAACAUAUUUUACAUAUCAAUUGGGCUGAAAUAUCGAAAUUAUAGAAAAAAUGUUGUGGAAAAAUUGUUGCAUUAUAAAAGAUUCUAGGAAGUCAAUUUACGUUUACUUCUGAUUUUAAAAUAAUUUUUAUGUUUCGCCUAAUUUGACAAGAUGUUUAUGAUUAGUGGUUGUGAUAAAUUAUAUUUUUGUUAAUACCGACGAUUUAUUUUGUACUUCAAUGAAACCCAAAUAAUUCCCAAGUCCAUAUCCGGAAUAUUUGUAUGAAAAAAAAAAUAGAAAAAAGUGGAUAUAUUCCCUUAUUUAUUAUGUUCCGGUAAUUUUGUACUAAUUAAAUAUUUCUAAUUUACCCUUGCUCUGCUUGAGGUACAGCCAAUGUUUCUUCCCCAAAAACCGGUUAAUUAUUUUAAAAUUUGCUACUUAUCUCUUCAGUUAUCACUGUCUAUAAGGAACAAGCAAAUACAGGGUGGCCCAGAACUCACGCCCCACCGGGAAAUGCCUUAUGGAAACGACAAUGGAGAUGCCAAA